UGUUAUUCAAAUGUAAUGACAGRUGUGACUCAGCUCGUUAUAAUAAUGGUUUACUUUGAAGACCAAAGAUCAGCUUAGACUACAAAACUGUCUCUACUUUUUCGCGAGAUUAUCCGUAGGAUCGAGUUGAAGUUCGAUCGACUGAAGUAUUGACUGAGAAGGAAAUAAACGUACAUAGGUCAUGUCUGAAAAGAAUGUCCAAAAGAAGUCCCUAGAGACUGGUACUAAGCCCAAAACAAGCCAAAAAUCAAGUUCGAAAACGGUGCCGGGUUCGAGCGACAUUCAACAAAACCGAAAUGAAACGUUUUUUGAAAACGAUGCCAGAGAAGAUGAGUUUCUAAAAUGGUUUUGGGAAGGAAGUUAUGGAAACAACUUGGUUAGAAAGCUAAACAAUUAUGCUCAAGAACAAAAUUUGGACGAUCGCAUUCGCAGGGAGAAAGAGAGUCCUGCUGUGUAUGCUGUGGUCGUGAAUGCUGGCGAUUUUCCAUUUAAAGAAAAUGGUAAGCAAUGGAAGUUGUGUAAAGUUGGUUUUACUCACCGUUCGAUCAAAAAGGGUGGAAGUCGAAUGGAGAAAGUGUGUAAGCAAAUUAAGGAUCAAUGUUCAGAAGGAUUAGGGCAGCAUACAACAGCAAGUACACUGUUUGCAUUACGAAUCGGAGCAGUAGACACUACAUCGUUUAGCGCAACAGAAAAGCGAAUACGAGAAAAGGUUGGGAAGCCAGUACGCAAAGAAAAGGCGAAGGAACUCUGUCUGCCUUUUCCAACAGAGUGGGUUUUAACAACCCAGGAACACAUCGACACUAUCAAAGAAAAGAAGGAGGAGAAGAUGUCGGAUGUCGACGAAGGUGGGGAUGUGAUUGAUUUUUUUAAGGGUAUCAAAAAUACACCGGAACUACCUGAGGAAUAUGAAGAAUGGUGCACCUCGAACUGACUCAAGGAAAAAUGCUUUCUGCUAUGAAGUAUCUUGAGGCAGAAUAACUGUGGACGUAUGAAAUAGACUGUAGUUGCAUUACUUGUAGGAUAUUAAAUGAUGUCACGAAACAA